GAGUAAGAUUCAUAUUGUGGAACUUGUGUUUUAAUAUCAGUUAAAUGAUAAGCACACAUUAACACAUACCAGCACGUGCAUGCACGCGCACACAAACUGAGUAUACGUGUGGACGCAGAACCACAGGUGCACUUCCAAAACAAUACAAGUGAUCUCUUUGGAGUACAGUAAAUAUGUAUACAGUAAAUAUGUAUACAGGAUACACAUAGUGAAUUUAUAUGACUGCAUAUUAAGGUAAUAAAUGGCCCGUGACUGUGAUAAAUUUACGUUUUUAUAUAUUUAUUACGCCUGUUUUACAUGAAGAAACAGGCGUUAGCAUACGGCGUACAGAAAACAGAUUCAUACUAUGGCAUAAACAUGCAGUGUGGAUCUGUUUGCUUUCCUAAAUUCUUGGUAAAAUGUUGAACUCGCUCGGUUCAGUCAGCCGCGUUCAUCAACAAUCACACCCCAACACCGUUUGACGUGAUCCGGGUUAAGGUUUGCAGUCUGGCCUUUUAAAUUUCAUGCUUGAAUCUGAACUCAGCAAGCAAGAGAAACCCAACAUUAUCUCAAUGUUUCGUUUGAAAAGAACAACAAAGCACAAAACACUGACUCUCGGUCUUAAACGGUUUGAGCAUUUAAAAAAACCCCAACAAAUUAGGAAUAUUAGGGCGGAAACACCUGAACCUUGACUGGUAGCACUUUGGUGAUAACAGCAGAGAGGAUACAUUGCUGUUUGUUAUUGAUCGUCUAGACGACAUUUUUGAAAUGUAUGGAAUGCACCUUUGAAAUAAUCGGAGAUAAUUUUGGAACGAGAGUGAGAGCAUUUUAACAGCUGAUAUAUAUAUUUAUGUUUUAUGUGUAAUCAAUGUAAUAAUCAAAAACUUUACCGCAUGAACUCUACUUUGUUCCUUUGUUGCUAUUCAGCUUCAGUUUUUAUACUAGUAGUCCACACUAAACCUAUGGCAAAAAAACCAAAACAAACAAAAAAAAAAAAAAAAACAUUUUGCACAAAAAUUACCCUGAAAAAUUAGAAAUUGAAAAACAUGUGACAAAUAUAUAUAUGUACCAAAUGAGAGCAGCGUCAGUAUCACACUUUUAUUGACCUAUGUAGGACGUUGUUGUAUUUCUGUUUUUGUGGUGUUGCGACUUUGCUAAGUCGAUGAAUCGCUCCUUCUCAGGUCUCAGACAACGUCAGAAGUGUGUUGUGAAGAAAACCGGCAGGACACAAAAGUAACACUUCCAAUUUUAUGAACGCUGUCGUGGAGUUAGAUACCCCCUUAUGUAAACCCUGUUAUAUCAUCUGCUGCUCUCGGCCUUUUUAAUUUCAUUAUUUCUAAUUUUCUUUAGCAGGCGCACACAAUGGUGGCGGCUUUUAUUUUUAGCAGGGAUCUCAGAUGCUCUCCAUAUUAACGAUACGUUUAUGAACAAUCAAAUGGUCCUCGUUAAAAUUUAUUGAUGGACAUAAAAACCUCGAACGGUCACUGGCCGAAUAUAGUUGGCUUUUUUAGUGGGCUGUGAGUCUGUAAGCCUUCGGAAUCUCCUUCUCGGCAGUAUCUGCACAAACCCCAUUUAGGGAACGUUUGGUCUUCAGGCUCUCGUUAAAAGUCGUGCGAAAUGCAUCCCUUCUUUUGAUUCUCCCCAGUAUCCACCGUGCACGUCUCCCUGCUGCAGCUGCAGAUUCGUCCGUGAAGGCUUUUCUCUUUACAUAUCCCUGAAAACAAUAAACAGCAUUCUACGAGAAGUUAUAAACUCCUCACUUUAUCAAAUGCUGGUUUGCCGAGGAUAAAAAGAGCCAACGAUUCAAUAAACGCUUCAAUGCUGUAACAGUAUCUAUUGAAGUAGCAUAGAGCCCUGACAGAGAUUAAUUACACCAUCAAAUAGUUCCUUGCUUUAACACGCAAUGUGCGCAGGUCUGUGCUACGACUGGAUAAAGAUCUAGCUGCAGCACUGCACAUGAAUGUUUUCCUUAUUUAAAAAAAAAAAAGAAAAAAAAAAAGAAAUGUUAUGGCAAUUUUACCUCUAUGAGUCCAGGAAUGAAGUGAAAGAACACUUUGUUUAAUCCCAUUUAUGUGCAUUGGUAUCCCUGGAUGAGUGGCGCAUUGAUCCACUGUACAAUUUUUGUGGGGGUAAAUAUAAUCACGUGUCAGCGGGUCAGCCAAUGGGAGCCAGGAAAGCUUUGAGAAAUAAUUACCUGCCUUGAUUGUUCUAUGGCUAGAUAAAAAAGUACACAUACACUCCAUAUAAUAAACGGAUGCAUGUAAAAGAGUCGGGGAGGCUUCGACAUGUCGACCACGGGUCCCAUAAGUAAUUAUUAUGUGGACUCCUUGAUCAACCAUGAGAACGAGGAUGUCCUUGCUGCGACUCGAUUCUCUGCUCCCGGUUCGCACCCAGCUGGCCCCCGUCCGACGUCCCUAGUCCCGGAGUGCGCCGACUAUCCUUCCUGCAGCUUCGCACCCAAACCGACCGUGUUCUCCACGUCCUGGGCCCCCGGACACUCCCAGUCAUCAGUGGUCUACCAUCCGUACAGUCACCAGCCGCACUUAGGCACAGACUCGAGGUAUAUGCGUUCAUGGCUGGAGCCGAUCUCAGGCGCCGUGCCUUUUCACGGCUACCCGGGGAACGGCAGACAUUACGGACUGAAGCCCGACGCCUUCCAGGAGCACAGAGCCGGGGAAUGCCUCAGCUCCGCCGGACGGACCUACCCGGAUUAUCUGUACUGCUCAUCCACUGAUAUGCGAGACAAGACGCCGCAGAACGUCCCCUCUCCGGAGUCGGAGCUUCUUGCGUCUGGGAAGCAUAAGGAGGAGAAGCCGGAGCUAGAUCCUAAUAACCCCGUGGCCAAUUGGAUACAUGCCCGCUCCACGAGGAAGAAGCGGUGUCCUUACACAAAGUACCAAACUUUGGAACUGGAAAAGGAGUUCUUGUUCAAUAUGUACCUCACCAGAGACCGCAGAUACGAGGUCGCAAGGGUACUGAAUCUGACCGAGAGGCAGGUCAAAAUCUGGUUUCAGAACCGGCGAAUGAAGAUGAAGAAAAUGAACAAGGACAAGAGCGACAACAAGGAACAAUAAUGACUGAGGAGAGAAAGAAAGAGAGAGAGAGAAAAAAAAAACAACU